AGACGAGACGAGAGGAGUCGAAAUGUGAGUUGCAACUGAACUGAGAGAGAAGCAUCUCGCCACGCUCGCGCUGCACUCCACGAAUAAAGCCACAGCACGCCCCCCGAUCCGAUCGAUCCCCCUUGGAUUUUUUUUUCCAUUUCGAUUUUGAUUUUGAUUUGUUGUUCCUCAACCUCAACUCGCUCCCUUGCUGCUGCUGCUGCUCCGAGUCCGAGCCACGCGCGCGCGGCGACCUAGGGUUGGCGCCCCAGUCUCCGGCCAUGGCGUUGUGGUGGCCGCUCCUGGUGCUCGCCGCCGCCUACGCGCUCUGCCGCAUCCUCCUCUUUCUCAUCCCGCCCACCGUCCCCUCCAUCGAUGUCGACGCUUCCGACGUGCUCGAAGACGCCAACCAGAACAAGGAGGAUAGCUACAUCUACAUACCACCAAGGAAGGGGAAAGGAGCUCAGACUGACAAGGUCCAAUGCUAUGAGCCAGCAACUAUGAAAUACUUGGGAUACUUCCCUGCAUUGACGCCUGAUGAGGUUAAGGAGCAUGUUGCGCAAGCCAGGAAAGCACAAAAGAUAUGGGCAAAAAGCAGCUUCAAGCAAAGACGCCAGUUUCUUCGAAUCCUUCUAAAAUAUAUACUUGAACAUCAGGAUCUGAUAUGCGAGAUAUCAUCCCGGGACACUGGAAAGACUAUGGUUGAUGCUUCAUUAGGUGAGAUAAUGACCACCUGUGAGAAGAUUACCUGGCUUUUGGAUGAGGGUGAGAAGUGGUUAAAACCUGAAUACAGGUCCUGUGGGAGAUCAAUGCUUCACAAGAAAGCAAAAGUUGAGUUCUAUCCACUUGGAGUUAUUGGUGCGAUUGUGUCUUGGAAUUACCCCUUCCACAAUGUAUUCAAUCCAAUGCUGGCUGCAAUAUUCUCUGGUAAUGCAGCAGUUAUAAAGGUUUCAGAGCAUGCAAGUUGGUCAGGCUGCUUUUAUUUUCGUAUCAUACAAGCAGCUCUUGCAGCUGUUGGUGCACCAGAUAAUCUGGUGCAUAUAAUAACUGGUUUUGCGGAAACAGGUCAAGCUCUUGUAUCUUCAGUCGACAAAAUAAUAUUUGUUGGAUCACCUGGUGUUGGAAGGAUGAUCAUGAACAGAGCAUCGGAUACAUUAAUACCUGUAACUCUUGAACUUGGUGGUAAAGAUGCAUUUAUUGUAUGUGAAGAUGUAGACUUACCCAGUGUUGUUCAAGUUGCUGUGAGAGCUGCCCUGCAAUCUAGCGGACAAAACUGUGCUGGUGCUGAAAGAUUUUAUGUUCACAAGGAUAUCUAUUCAACAUUUGUUUCCCAAGUGGUGAAGAUAAUCAAAUCUAUAUCUGUCGGUCCUCCAUUAUCUGGCAGAUACGAUAUGGGUGCUAUCUGUAUGAUAGAGCACUCUGAGAAACUUCAGAAUCUUGUUAAUGAUGCUGUUGACAAAGGUGCUGAGAUUGCUGGCAGAGGGAGCUUUGGCCAUCUGGGUGAAGAUGCAGUAGAUCAAUUCUUUCCUCCAACUGUCCUGGUGAAUGUUAAUCACACAAUGAAAAUUAUGCAAGAAGAGGCAUUUGGACCUAUUCUGCCAAUCAUGAAAUUCAAUUCCGAUGAAGAAGUUGUCAAACUUGCCAAUGACUCCAAGUACGGUCUUGGUUGUGCUGUCUUUUCUGGCAACCAGAAGCGUGCCAUCAAAAUAGCAUCCCAGCUACACUGUGGUGUUGCGGCAAUCAAUGAUUUUGCUUCAAGUUAUAUGUGUCAGUCUUUGCCAUUCGGUGGUGUCAAAGAUAGUGGAUUUGGAAGAUUUGCUGGUGUGGAAGGUUUGCGGGCUUGCUGCCUUGUCAAGGCAGUUGUAGAAGAUAGAUGGUGGCCAUAUGUUAAAACCAUGAUCCCAAAACCUAUUCAGUAUCCUGUCUCCGAGAAUGGAUUUGAAUUCCAAGAGUUGCUCGUUGAAACUCUCUACGGCCUUAGUGUGUGGGACAGAUUGCGGUCACUUGUCAAUCUGUUAAAGAUGAUUUCAGAGCAGAAUAAUUCUCCUGCUAACACCAGGAAGAAAAGCCGAUGAUCAGAUACGGAAGAGUUUAGUUGAGACCUCUAGCGAUUUGCUCUUAUGAUGUACCCAUCGGUGAUCGACCCUUUAGAAAGCUAUCCCCACGCUGUGCAUCGUGGGGAUUAGGACAAGUGCCCGGUAGCAUUUGUGCGGAUGUAAAACGCCCUUUAGAAUUAGCUUGUUGUUUGCUGAAGAGAUGAGAGUGGAAUUGGCAAUGUAAUUCUAGAUUCUAAAAAACCUUGGAGGAAUGUCAUCGUCUUGUUUCUGCUGCAACCUGUAAUUCUGAUUUAUGUCCUGUGUGAAACUGUGAACAUCAUCGGGUUUCAGUGGCAUAUGUCGAUAAGAUCUGCCCUAAUAUGA